AUGGCGCCCGCACCCAAGCUCGAGGUGCAAGUCACCAAGCCUACACCCUACACAUUCGAUCUCGGUCUGCUCCUGGCCAACGACCCGAAUCCGCUGCCGCCUACCGAUCCCUCCGUCACACUGGAGGAGCGCCUGGCUCAGAACGCCCGUGACGGCGCGCAGUCGCUCAUCAACCAGCUCCUCACAACGCUGCCUCUGCAGUCCACCCAGGCCGGCGUUCUGCUCGAUCUGCCGGCUCCCACCACGGCGCUGCCCCGAGAGAAGCCCCUGCCUGCCGCCAAGGAGCCGACCAAGUGGGAGAAGUUUGCCGCCAAGAAGGGCAUCAAGCCCAAGACAAGAGAGCAGAGGAGGAUGAAGGGCAAGCAAUUCAACGAGAACACGGGCGAGUGGGAGAAGACAUGGGGUUACAAGGGAAAGCCCAAGGAGGGUGUUGUCCCCGACGACUGGGUUGUGGAAGUGGACGAGAAUGGAGAGGCCAAGAGCGCCAAGAGCAAAGGAGGAGCAAACAAGAAGAGGAGAAUCAAGGCCUAA